CAGCAAAAUGGGGAGCUCCAUGGUCAUCCUUGUAAUGUGUCUCUUAUGGGGUCAAGUUCUAUCUACAGAUCAGUGGGACUCCCAAACUACCAACUAUGGUCAGUGGGGCUCCGAAACUACAGACUAUGCUACUUUGUCUUCCACAGAGGCACCCCUGACAACUCCAUCAGGAACAUGGAUUACCACAUCCUCACCUGUACAACCAGAAGAAUCUUUGCUCUCCACAGAAUCAUCCACAGUAUUAACAGAAUCAUCACUCACCACAGAAUCAUCCACAGUAUUAACAGGAACUGAUGCAGGUUUGGCCCUGAGGCUGGUGAAUGGAAGUGACCAAUGUCAAGGCCGGGUGGAGGUCCUGUACCGAGGCUCCUGGGGCACCGUGUGUGAUGACAACUGGGACAUCAAUGAUGCCAACGUGGUGUGCAGGCAGCUGGGCUGUGGCUGGGCCAAAUCUGCUCCAGGAUAUGCCCAGUUCGGUCAAGGCUCAGGUCCGAUUGUCCUUGAUGACAUGCGCUGCUCAGGACACGAGUCCUACCUGUGGAACUGCCCCCACAAUGACUGGCUCUCUCAUAACUGUAACCAUGGUGAAGAUGCUGGUGUCAUGUGCUCAGGAACAUGGGCUACCACAUUCUCAUCUCCACCUCCAACAGAAUCAUCGCUCAACACACAAUCAUCCACAGAAUUACCAGGAACAUGGGCUACCACAUUCUCAUCUCCACCUCCAACAGAAUCAUCGCUCAACACACAAUCAUCCACAGAAAUACCAGGGCCAUGGCCUACCACAUUCUCAUCUCCACCACCAACAGAAUCACUGCUCUCCACAGAAUCAUCCACAGUAUUAACAGGAACUGAUGCAGGUUUUGCCCUGAGGCUGGUGAACGGAAGUGACCAAUGUCAAGGCCGGGUGGAGGUCCUGUACCGAGGCUCCUGGGGCACCGUGUGUGAUGACAACUGGGACAUCAAUGAUGCCAACGUGGUGUGCAGGCAGCUGGGCUGUGGCUGGGCCAAAUCUGCUCCAGGAUAUGCCCAGUUCGGUCAAGGCUCAGGUCCGAUUGUCCUUGAUGACAUGCGCUGCUCAGGACACGAGUCCUACCUGUGGAAUUGCCCCCACAAUGGCUGGCUCUCUCAUAACUGUAACCAUGGUGAAGAUGCUGGUGUCAUGUGCUCAGGAACAUGGGCUACCACAUUCUCAUCUCCACCUCCAACAGCAUCAUCACUCACCACACAAUCAUCCACAAUUUUAACAGGAACUGUUGCUGGUUUGGCCCUGAGGCUGGUGAACGGACGUAACCAAUGUCAAGGCCGGGUGGAGGUCUUAUACCAAGGCUCCUGGGGCACUGUGUGUGAUGACAGCUGGGACAUCAAUGAUGCCAAUGUGGUCUGCAGGCAGGUGGGAUGUGGUUGGGCCACAUCUGCCCCAGGAUAUGCCCAGUUUGGUCAGGGCUCAGGUCCAAUUGUCCUUGAUGAUGUGCGCUGCUCAGGACGUGAGUCCUACCUGUGGCAUUGCCCCCACAAUGGCUGGCUCUCUAAUAACUGUAACCACGGAGAAGAUGCUGGUGUCAUCUGCUCAGGACCGUGGGCUAUCACAUUCUCAUCUCCACCACCAACAGCAUCAUCACUCACCACACAAUCAUCCACAGAAUUACCAGGAACUGAUGCAGGUUUGGCCCUGAGGCUGGUGAAUGGAGGGGACCGAUGUCAAGGCCGGGUGGAGGUCCUGUACCGAGGCUCCUGGGGCACUGUGUGUGAUGACAGCUGGGACACCAAUGAUGCCAAUGUGGUCUGCAGGCAGCUGGGCUGUGGCUGGGCUACCUCUGCACCAGGUUAUGCUCGGUUCGGUCAGGGCUCAGGCCCGAUUGUCCUUGAUGAUGUGCGCUGCUCAGGACACGAGUCUUACCUGUGGAACUGUCCUCACAAUGGCUGGCUCUCUCAUAACUGUAACCACGGUGAAGAUGCUGGUGUCAUCUGCUCAGCUGUCCGGCCCCAGACUACACUCAGACCAGACACGUGGCCUACCUCAUCCUCACCUACUACCACAACAGCUGUCCAGAGCACAACCUCACGGAGGCCAGAUUGGUGGGAUACAACUCCUCCCUAUGAUUGGUGGCAUACAACAACUCCUUCCUAUGGAAGUGAUUCAAGUUUGGCCCUGAGGCUGGUGAAUGGAGGUGACCGAUGUCAAGGCCGGGUGGAGGUCCUGUACCGAGGCUCCUGGGGCACCGUGUGUGAUGACGAUUGGGACACCAAUGAUGCCAACGUGGUCUGCAGGCAGCUGGGCUGUGGUUGGGCUACCGCUGCCCCAGGAAAUGCCCGGUUCGGACAGGGCUCAGGCCAAAUUGUCCUGGAUAAUGUGCGUUGCUCAGGACACGAGUCCUACCUGUGGAACUGCCCCCACAACGGCUGGCUCUCUCAUAACUGUAACCACGGGGAAGAUGCUGGUGUCAUCUGCUCAGGUGUGCAGAGCACAACCUCACCAAGGCCAGAUUGGUGGUAUACAACCACUCGUUCUACUGAUGUGCAGACACCUACCUCACCAAGGCCAGAUUGGUGGUAUACAACAACUACAGAUAGGUGGUAUACAACAACUCCUUCCACUGGAAGUGAUUCCAAUUUGGCCCUGAGGCUGGUGAAUGGAGGUGACCGAUGUCAAGGCCGGGUGGAGGUCCUGUACCGAGGCUCCUGGGGCACCGUGUGUGAUGACGAUUGGGACACCAAUGAUGCCAACGUGGUCUGUAGGCAGCUGGGCUGUGGUUGGGCUACCGCUGCCCCAGGAAAUGCCCGGUUCGGACAGGGCUCAGGCCAAAUUGUCCUGGAUAAUGUGCGUUGCUCAGGACACGAGUCCUACCUGUGGAACUGCCCCCACAACGGCUGGCUCUCUCAUAACUGUAACCACGGGGAAGAUGCUGGUGUCAUCUGCUCAGAUGUGCAGACACCUACCUCACCAAGGCCAGAUUGGUGGUAUACAACUACUACAAAUAGGUGGUAUACAACAACUCCUUCCACUGGAAGUGAUUCCAAUUUGGCCCUGAGGCUGGUGAAUGGAGGUGACCGAUGUCAAGGCCGGGUGGAGGUCCUGUACCGAGGCUCCUGGGGCACCGUGUGUGAUGACGAUUGGGACACCAAUGAUGCCAACGUGGUCUGUAGGCAGCUGGGCUGUGGUUGGGCUACCGCUGCCCCAGGAAAUGCCCGGUUCGGACAGGGCUCAGGCCAAAUUGUCCUGGAUAAUGUGCGUUGCUCAGGACACGAGUCCUACCUGUGGAACUGCCCCCACAACGGCUGGCUCUCUCAUAACUGUAACCACGGGGAAGAUGCUGGUGUCAUCUGCUCAGAUGUGCAGACACCUACCUCACCAAGGCCAGAUUGGUGGUAUACAACAACUACAGAUAGGUGGUAUACAACAACUCCUUCCACUGGAAGUGAUUCCAAUUUGGCCCUGAGGCUGGUGAAUGGAGGUGACCGAUGUCAAGGCCGGGUGGAGGUCCUGUACCGAGGCUCCUGGGGCACCGUGUGUGAUGACGAUUGGGACACCAAUGAUGCCAACGUGGUCUGUAGGCAGCUGGGCUGUGGUUGGGCUACCGCUGCCCCAGGAAAUGCCCGGUUCGGACAGGGCUCAGGCCAAAUUGUCCUGGAUAAUGUGCGUUGCUCAGGACACGAGUCCUACCUGUGGAACUGCCCCCACAACGGCUGGCUCUCUCAUAACUGUAACCACGGGGAAGAUGCUGGUGUCAUCUGCUCAGAUGUGCAGACACCUACCUCACCAAGGCCAGAUUGGUGGUAUACAACAACUCCUUCCUAUGGAAGUGAUUCCAGUUUGGCCCUGAGGCUGGUGAAUGGAGGUGACCGAUGUCAAGGCCGAGUGGAGGUCCUAUACAGAGGCUCCUGGGGCACCGUGUGUGAUGACGAUUGGGACACCAAUGAUGCCAACGUGGUCUGCAGGCAGCUGGACUGUGGUUGGGCUACCUCUGCUCCAGGAAAUGCCUGGUUUGGACAAGGCUCAGGUCAAAUUGUCCUGGACAAUGUGCGUUGCUCAGGACACGAGUCCUACCUGUGGAACUGUCCCCACAAUGGCUGGCUCUCUCAUAACUGUAACCACGGGGAAGAUGCUGGUGUCAUCUGCUCAGAUGUGCAGACAACAUCCUCAACAAGGCCAGAUUGGUGGUAUACAACAACUCCUUCUUAUACUGUACAAACACAUUCUACUACACCAGGUUGGUGGUAUCCAACAAGUACAACCACCUCAAGACCUUCUUUAAACUGUGGUGGCUUCUUAUUCAAUGCCAGUGGGACAUUUUCCAGUCCAUCAUAUCCUGGAUACUACCCCAACAAUGCGUACUGUGUCUGGGAAAUAGAAGUGAGUUCCGGUUAUCGCAUCAACCUCGGCUUCAGAAACUUGCAGUUGGAGGUGAACAGUAGAUGCAGUUUUGAUUAUGUUGAAAUCUUUGAUGGACCAUCAAGUAGUAGUAAUUUGAUGGGGAAAAUCUGUAAUGACACCAGGCAAAUAUUCACAUCUUCUUACAACCGAAUGACGGUUCGAUUCCGAAGUGAUGUCAGUUUCCAAAAUACUGGCUUUUUGGCUUGGUAUAACUCCUUUCCAAGAGAUGCCAGGUUGAGAUUGGUCAAUUCAGGCUCCUCUUAUGGUGCAUGUGCUGGACGUGUGGAAAUUUACCAUAGUGGCAAGUGGGGGACAGUUUGUGAUGAUUCCUGGAACAUUUGGAAUGCCCAAGUGGUCUGCAGACAGGUGGGGUGUGGAAAUGCAGUAUCAGCUGUGGGAAAUGCCUUUUUUGGCUCCGGCUCUGGCCCCAUCACCCUGGAUGAUGUGUACUGUGUAGGAACAGAAUCUACUCUCUGGCAGUGCCAGAACCGAGGCUGGUUCUCCCACAAUUGUGGCCACCAUGAAGAUGCAGGUGUCAUUUGCUCAGAAAGCCACACAACAACACCUGCUCCUAUUUAUAACUUCACCCAGCCAAAUGCAAAUUAUUCCUGUGGAGGUUUCCUGUCCCAGCCAUCAGGGCUCUUUUCCAGUCCAUCUUAUCCUGGGAACUAUCCAAACAAUGCCAACUGUGUGUGGGACAUUGAAGUCCAGAACAACUACCGCGUGACUAUUAUCUUCAGAGAUGUUCAGCUUGAAGGUGGCUGCAACUAUGAUUUUAUUGACGUUUUUGAUGGUCCCUACCACAGUUCCCCUCUCAUUGCUCGGGUUUGUGAUGGAGCUAGGGGCUCCUUCACUUCAUCAUCAAACUUCAUGUCAAUUCGCUUCAUCAGUGAUAGCAGCAUCUCGAGAAGAGGGUUCCAGGCGGAGUACUACUCGACCCCCUCCAAUGACAGCACCAACCUACUUUGUCUGCCAAAUCACAUGCAAGCCAGUGUGAGCAAGAGCUACCUUCAUUCCCUGGGCUAUUCUGCCACGGACCUUGUCAUUGCCAGCUGGAAUGAGAACUACCCAUGUCAACCUGAGAUAACACUGAGCCAGGUGAUAUUCUCAAUUCCCUAUUUAGGCUGUGGCACCAUCAAGAAGGUAGACAACGACACCAUCAUCUAUUCCAACUUCCUCAAAGCAGCUGUUUCAAGUGGCAUCAUCAAAAGGAAGAAAGAUCUCCACAUUCAUGUCAGCUGUAAGAUGCUCCAGGAUACCUGGGUUGACAUGAUGUACAUUGCUAAUGACACCAUUGAGCUCAAAGAAGUCCAGUACAGCAAUUUUGAUGUGAACAUUUCCUUUUAUACAUCCUCUUCAUUCGUAUAUCCCGUGACCAGCAUCCCAUACUACGUGGACCUGAACCAGAAUUUGUACCUUCAGGCCGAAAUUCUCAAUUCUGAUGAUAAUCUGGCAUUAUUUGUGGACACUUGUGUUGCAUCACCAUACUUCAGUGACUUUACAUCUUUGACUUAUGAUCUAAUCCGGAGUGGGUGUGUGAAAGAUGAAACCUACCAAUCCUACCUGAACCGCUUCCCCUCCGUGUACCUGCAAUGUAAAAUGGUGGUGUGCAGAGCAUCUGACUACUCUUCCCGGUGCCACAGAGGCUGCAUAGUGAGAUCCAAGAGGGACGUGGGCUCCUACCAGGAAAAGGUGGACGUUGUCCUGGGACCCAUCCAGUUGCAGACCCGCCACGAAGAAAAGAGGAGCCUGGAGCUGUCAGUGGAUGAUGUGGUGGAACCCACCAGCCCCCAGGAGAGCUAUCACACUGCUGCCAUCUCUGCUGGGGUCUUCGUAGCUGUGGUCCUGGUUGUAGCAGCCUUCACCCUGGGCAGAAAGACACGUACCUCCAGUGGUCAGACUCUGAGCUCUCGGAUGUGAAGCCUAGAGAACGGGCUCAGACACUAGCCCCAAGGACGGAAGAAACACAGCCACACAGUAGGACAUCUAGCAGCACCGGAACUCUGUUUACCUUGGCACAGGUGUAUGUGGGGUGGUUGAAGUAAAGGUGAAGAAAGGUGGACACCAGGGUUCUUUUUCUAGAUCCACAUACUCAGUGUUAGGGCAAAAUGUCAAAGGUAAACAGGUGCCAAUGUCUACAACCCUGUAUACAACUGUGAGUUCAACACUAACAACAACAGAACUUUUCCCAGAUGGAAUUUCUUUUCUCAUCUUUUAUGAACUAGCUUCUUAGGCCAAUAGUAUAUAUCUCAGUCUUUCCUUAAGAUAGGACAAGCUUAAUAAAGAAUGUUUUCCAAAGCAA